UCAGACUAGGAAGCGGAUGGCGUAACCGGAAGUUCGUGGUGCAGACCACGAGUCUCCCGAGCCAGACACUCAGGACUGACUUCUGGAAAGUGGUAUUACCUGAGGAGGAAGAGGAAAGCCAAGGAGCAGGGAUGGCGGCUGUGACUCAGUUGACAUUUGAGAAUGUGGCGGUGGAUUUCACCCAGGAGGAGUGGCGGUGCCUGACCCGGGCUCAGCGCGCUCUGUACAGGGACGUCAUGCUGGACACCUACAGGAACCUGGUCUCUGUGGGAGUCUCUCCUCCCAGUGUGAGUGUGAUUUUGCCAUUGGAGCUCGAGGAAGAGCCCUGGGUGGCACAGAGCCAUGUGACAACUCCAGGAGAGAUCUAUGGUUGGGAAGGCGCCAAAGGUGUGUGUGCAGAUACCUCUCCUAGAUAUAUACUUAAAGACUUACCACCCUGCACAGGCAGCAGUAGGAGAGAAAUAUCUCAAAGUCAUGGGGACAGAGUCAAUGAUGAGUUUUCCUGCGAGGAAAUCCAGAAGGCUCCACAUGAGUGGGAGUGGAGCGCCACUGACGGCUGUGCUAAAGGGGUGCUUAUGGUCCACAGAGAAGAGGGUAGUGGCAGAGGAGAGCAGGAGGGUGGGGGUCUCGCAGGGAUGCAGCCCACAAGCCCGUGGCUGGGACGGCCCCUCCAGGAGCACCUGCGCAGGCUCUCUCCAUACCUGUGUGAAGGGCCAGGGGUGAGGACUGAGCUGGAGAAGUCCGCCCUCACCAGGGCCCCCAUGUCCCGCCCUCAGGGGAGCCCCUCCAGUGGGAACACACACAUUGUCCAUGCAUGUGAUGAUGCUCCAAUAUGUUCUCCCUUACGCACACAUACACCCAAAGCACAUAUUCAGGAAAAGCCUUACAAGUGCAGAGAGUGUGGCAAGGCAUUCAGUCAGGACUCCAGCCUCAUCAUGCAUUGGAGGACGCAUGCUGGGGAGAGACCAUACUGCUGUGCCACUUGCGGGAAGGCAUUCCUACAGAAAUCUGGCCUCAUGCGCCAUAAGAGGACACAUGCUACAGAGAGGCCGUAUGCGUGUGGCUUGUGUGGCAAGGCCUUCCGCACACGUGGCAAGCUGACCAAACACCAGACAGUGCACAGUGACCAGAAGCCUCACAGGUGCUCUGUGUGUGGGAAAGCAUACCGUCAGUCCUCCAGCCUUGUCAUACAUCACAGGAUGCAUACCGGGGAGAGGCCAUUUGUGUGUGACACGUGUGGAAAGGCGUUCACCAGUCGCAAGUACCUCAUCCAGCACCAGGUUGUGCACACUGGGGCGAGGCCGUACCGCUGCACCCAGUGUGGCAAAACAUUCACGCAGAACUCACCGCUCAUGCGCCACCGCAGGACACACACUGGGGAGAAGCCAUACACAUGUGACACGUGUGGCAAGGUGUUGAGUUCUCGCAAGAGCCUCAACGAGCACCAGGCCGUGCACACUGGGGUGAAGCCAUACCGCUGUGCCCAGUGUGGGAAGAUGUUCACACGGAACGCGCAGCUGGUGUGCCACCGCAGGACACACACUGGGGAGAAGCCAUUCGUGUGUGCAGACUGUGGCAGAGCCUUUGCUUCCCACUUCAGCCUCACAACCCACCGCACCAUCCACACGGAUUUGAAGCCCUACCAGUGCAAUGAGUGUGGGAAGGCAUUCAAGCUGCGCACGCAUCUUAAGCGCCACCUCAAGACACACCAGGGAGAGGGGGGAUGUGUGUGACGCUUGUGGCAAGGUAUUCAGCCGAAGUCCCAACUUGACUAUCCAUUAUAGGCUUCACUCACAAAAGGCCUGCCAGGGAUUGUAGCGGGGUGCCAUUCAUCCAGGUAUGGCCUUCAGAGCUCAGUCUCCACUGAAUGUAAGCAUGAGGGUGACAUGAAAUCGCUUGCCAGGGGUUCAGGCCUGCUUUCAAGUGCAGUACUUCCUGCUGCAAUUCCAGUAGAGGAUAGUGAGUUUCAGAGCAGCCUGAGCUGUAUAUCAUGUUCAUGACUUUUUGUUGUUGUUGGUGGUUAUGGGACUUGAAUUUGGGUCUGGGUACUCUCAACUCAAGGUGAGCGC